CAGAGCAAGGGAUUGUAGGCAGCCAGGUAGAGAGACCCCGAGAAAGAGGAGAGAGAGAGAGAGAGAGAGAGAGAGAGAGAGAGAGAGAGAGAGAGAGAGAGAGAGAGAGAGAGAUGAAUCGAGUUCACACCAUAGACUGUAAUAUUAAGUCUAUGGUUCACACCUGGGAUUUCCGAAGCUGGUCUCGUCUGUUUUCAGAGCUGUUAUUCAUGGAGCUAUAGAGCAGUAGAAUCGAGGCUUACGUGUUAUUUUUUCCUGACAGAAAUCAACAGGGUGACAGCUAACACCCCACACGUCUCUCCGACGAUGUUUUCUUUUGUCUUCCAGCGGCGCUGAAGCAGCUCUAUGGGAAAAGAAAUGGACUGACUUUCUUCUCCCUUCUCCUUGCGAAGGAUUUCAAAGGCCAAAAAAAAUCUGUAGCCUACAACACACGUACAGUAACUUACUGGCAUUAACAACAUGGAGUUAUAAAUAUAGGCUACAUGGGCUUUUUUUUAUUGCAGCCUGCCGUGUACGUGCACUCAAAAACAAAAAGAGGAAACGCUAGCUAUAUAGGCCGAAACAUGAAGAAAACCAGCUGGAGCUACAUGACUGAUGGAGACAUAGCUUGUUUGUGUGGAGGUUACUGUGGACAGAUACAAUGACCAAAGUCUGAGAUAACACAAGGAAAGAAAUAAAUAAAUAGGCUAAACCACGUUUCACAGCCCAAAUAACGGGCAUGUAACUUCUGUAAAUUUUUAACAAACGUGCUUUAACAAAAAUGUUAAUAGCCUGUACGACUCUGGCCAAUUUUUCUUUUACGGAAUGUAAACCAAUAACUCCCGGGUAAGUUAUUGAACUGCUGUCUGGUGAAGAAACAAAAUAAUGAAAAUAGAACUCUACAAAUGGAUGAGGAGGAGUUACCAGCAGUUUGAAUCCAUGAAACCAACGCGGACUGACUGUAAUCUGAAUGGAUGUGUGUGAGACGAGGGUUGACUGUUUUUGUGCUUCGUCGAUGGAUUCGCAUGUCAGCACCGCCCUGCUGGGCAGCAGUGGCAGCAACUACACGGCUGACACCUCGGGUCUGAGCUUCACCAGCCAGCUGGGCACUACCUCCCCUGUUGUGCCAAGUGUUGUUUCCAUAGUGACCAGCCUAGUGACUGCCACCACUAUAGAAGCCACAUUGGGAAACACUGGAAACCUGUCGACGUUCAGAGACCAUAGAGGGAGCGAGCUCGGUCCAAUCCAUCCGGCGUCGACCCCGUCGGUGCUGAGCGCCGCCGAGAGUAAGUCUGUCCUGCAGGGCAUCACCGUGGCAACUCAGGCCCUGGUACUCCUCGCCAUCUUCCUCCUCUCCAGUCUCGGUAACUCGGCAGUCGUCGUGGUCAUCAUCAAACACAGACAGCUUCGGACAGUGACCAAUGCUUUCAUCAUGUCUCUGUCGUUGUCCGACUUCCUCACGGCUGUGUUGUGUCUGCCGUUCUCCUUCGUCAUGCUCUUCAGCAAGGAUGGUACCUGGAUGUUCGGGGAUCGUUUCUGCGUGGCCAACGGCUUUUUCAACACCUGCUUUGGUAUCAUCUCCACCCUGACUAUGACUUUGAUCUCGUUUGACAGGUACUACGCCAUAGUCAGACAGCCGCAGGCCAAAAUAGGGCGCCAGAAAGCAACUCAGUUGUUGAUCGCUGUGUGGUUAACUGCAGUCAUUUUCUCUCUGCCUUGGUAUCUCUUAGUUCGACCGCCUACAGAAAUCCAUAAGCGAGGUUUCUACCACUGUAUGUACGUGUUCCACUCCAGGACUUCACGCAUGGGGACGGCCUACAGCAUCUGCCUUAUUGUCAUAUGUUACUUACUGCCCUUCGCCCUCAUGUGUUUUUGUCAUUACAACAUCUGUAAGACAGUUCGUCUCUCUGAAAUCCGAGUCCGGCCGGUGACCACGUACGCAUACUUACUGCGAUUCUACAGUGAAAUGCGAACAGCCACCACAGUUCUGAUUAUGAUUGUUUUCAUCAUUUUUUGUUGGGGGCCAUAUUGUUUAAUGGGGUUGGUUACAGCAUUGGGGGACUACACGUUCAACCCAGCAAUGGACACAGUGGCCAUCUGGCUAGCCUGGGCAAACGGAGCAAUCAACCCUCUGAUCUACGCCCUGAGGAACCCCAAUAUAUCCAUGUUACUGGGGCGGAACAGAGAGGAGGGCUAUCGGACCAGAAAUAUCGCUGCGUACCUCUCCAGCCAAACCCAGAACCGCGAGGUUCGGCUUAACCAAGCGGAGAGGAUCAGGGACCGCUACGUGAGUCGCGUAGGGGUGAAUAAUAACAGCCGGCUGUCAAAUUCAAGUCCUGGAAAAGGAGGAGGAGGAGGAGAGGUGGGAAUGUGGGCCUGUAAAAACCCUGCCGUGUUCUUCUGCAGGGACGCCCAGCCUGACACUGCAACACUUCCUAACUCCGUCAGUGCGCCAAAGAUGAAGACAGCGGACACCAGCCUGUGACGUUCUGGAAGAGCGCUGAACCAUCCAACGAUUGUUUUCAUCUUCUCUAAUAUGUUGUUGUGGAUCUAGAGACUGAAGACGAAAUACCUUAUAGUAUCUAGUAUCUAUAGUGUCUUUCAGAUCACACUCUAAAACGUUUAUGAAUCAAACCACCACUUAUCAUCUUUUGUCAGCAAUCAAAUGGAUCAUUUACAGAACUAUGUGGGAGGACAACAAGUUAUGACGGUGAAAACUUAAUUUAAGCAGCUGUUGUACGAUAGAUGGGGUCAAUGAAAUUCCUUUCUAAUUUUGGAGGAUGCCAUUAAGUCCUCUCAAGGAUCCACGGGACCACCUGACGGACCCCUGGAAACCCCUCAAUGAUUAAUCAUGGAAGGGGAUGCAAAACAUUUCUGUAGAAAACCAUGAUGAGUUUGCGCUUGUGUUAAAAAAAAGGGCUUGAUGUCAUAUCAUAUGUAAAUGCAGCAUAUGGAUAUGGAAAACUAUGAAGGAUCAAGCAUUUCCUUAAUCCUUUAAUCCUAAACCUUAACAUGCUUAGAACAUAUAUGUUCUGGACAUGUCAUUUGGGUUAGGGUUAGGCUCAGGCUCGUACACGGGCGGGGUAGAAUACGCACGGCGGGGCAAGGAGGCAUUUCAUUGGUUCUUUUCAAGCGGACCGCGAGGCAGUGAUUGGAACCCCUCUCCGAGCCUUCCGCCGUAGCUGGACGUGUACCUCCAAAAAUGUGUAACUUUGCGUCAAGGCGAUGCAGACCGCAAGGACUGUGAUUGGUCAACUCGUCCUGUCUGUUGAUAGUCAGUGUUUCAAGCAGCCUACUGUGGGGAGUAGCAACAUGCUAGUUCAUUGGCCUCUAAGCUUUGCAAAUGAACUCAGACAUAUUUUGGUUACAAUGACGGGGUUAUCCAUUUGUAAAGUGUCUAUAUAUGUCAGUAACGUUUUGAAAUUAGCACUUCGCCAGCAAGCAGUACUUUGUGGGCAGUUGUGCUAAAGUUUGCUUGCUAACAUAACACAAACUGGCUUGCAGGCACCCUGCAAAUAACCUUAGACUUAUUUUCUGGUUACAGUAACACCCCCGUAGCGUUAUGGCGGUGAAAGGCACCGCGAUGCAAAGCAACCCCAGCACAGAACUCAGAAAGGGUCACAAAGCCGUAGGAGCGACGGGGUAACCGAGACGUUAAACUUAAAGGUUGUAGAUCAGAAACUGCGCAUGUACAGUCAUAUGGAUCGUUUCAGAAGGCAGCAACCAACUAAUAUUUUGUCAUUUAGGUAUUACGACUUGUUGCAUUUACCAUGCAUGUCUGUAUGUUAGCCUGUUGUUGCAUUAUUUUGUAUUUAUUAGGUAAAAAUUACUGUUUAUUGCAUUUAUGAUUAUUAAUCUGUGUAAAGGUGUCAGCUUGAAUAUAUCUCAACAGGUUUUGGGUGACCUUCUCACAAAUACGGUGAAAGAUUGAACCUUGUGAGUCAAGAUGUGAGGACUGUUCAAACUGUUUUGUUCAGUUCAGCUGAUAAGCUUUGUUAAUUACGUUAAAUGGCCCAGCAACCACCUGCAGCAAAGCUAUCCCAUCAUACGGCCAUCUUCGAUUUUAUGGUUUUAACCAAGAAAUAACUGUAUACAUUAUUAAGCGGAGGCAAGCUGACAUGGAGCUCCCCAAUGUUGAAAGCUACUGAUUUUGUCAGUGAUGAUGAUUCAGUUUAGCAUGAAAAUUCAUUUUGAAAGAUUACUUUGUCCUGUCACAUUCUCGUGAAUGGGUUUGUAUGAUAUCAUACGAAAACCUAUGCACACCCAUUCGAAUGAUAUCCUGCGAAAUUGGGCGACUGCCGGCCUGCCUUGUGACGACAGUUAAGUUUAAUCGUCUUUACAGUUAAAUUUAGCCGAUACAAAGGUUACUGUGAGCUGGCUUCAGAGCACUGCGCGCUGUCAGUUAUUUGGGAGGCUGUUGCUAGUUGAGUUUAGCCAACAAAUGCUGACUUUAAGCGGGGUACAGAGCACCGUGAGCUGUUGCAGUCUAAAGUUAAGUUUAGGCGACAAAUGGUGACUUUGAGCCUGGAACAUGGCACCAAGCGCUGCCGCAGUAUAUAGUAAAGUUUAGCCAACAAUUAGUGAGAGUCAUGCGGCAACGACAGUUAAGUUUAGGCACCAAACUAUUUAAGAUUAGAAAAAAGAUCGUGGUUUGGAUUAAAACACUCCCGGGACAUGAACACUCGUUACCUGGGUGAAAAUCUUAUGUUCACCCCAAGACACAAACUCUUCUCCCAGAGUUGAAAGCCCUGUGUUGUAUGACCCAGCCGUCCAAUUAACAUUGUUUUACUUUUCGUAGCUAUAUGUAAGAAUGGUCCAAGAGAACAGCCUGUUUGUUUACAUCCUAAACACCUCUUCUGUUAUUGAACAUCAGCACAUAAUUUAAAAAGUGGAGAGAGCUUCAGAUUCUGAGUGUGGAAGAUGUCAAUGGCUGUGCUGCAAAAGAACAAGUAUUUUUUUAGAGGAAACCAAAGAAAGAUUGGCUACAUUUCUUUAUGUAAGUUAGUGACCUCAUCUGGCCACAGUGGCAAAAAGUAUUAAGAUUCAGGAAGGAUCAGUGUUGUAGUACUCAAGAUUGGUCUUGGUCUUAAGACCACUUUUCUAAGGUCUUGUCUCGGUCUCAGAUAAAGAGGAUUUGGGAUUUUAUUUCUAGACCACAACUGCAGGGAUAUGACCUGUGCGUUGUCUGGUUUAUGUUGUUUGGUCGGAGUUAGCAAUGGCUUUCAGCUGCACGGCUUUCGGGAAGGCUGUUCUCGUGUAUCCUCGCUCAUAGCUCCUCAGAGAUCCCUCCUCCAUCCUUGCUCCUAGUUCCUCGGGCCAGGAAUAAGAGCUUUGAGACGGCCUUCACAAAAGAGGGCCAGAAGGGCUUUCGGUUCAAGCAAGGAAAUAUGAAAUAGGAGACUUGGGAUUCAGCAUUAGUCUCAACCCCUCAAAGUCUAGGUCUUGACUCGGUCUGGAUACACUCUGUUCUUGGUGAUGACUUGGUCUCGGUUUAGGUGGUCUUGGCUACAACACUGAUUACAACCGUCCAAAAAGAGUAGCGCUUACCUUAAUGUUGUUUUUUCAACCAAGCUUUGUUGUAGUAUUCAUCCAUUGUAUGCGUACUGUACCGUAUCUAGCUCCACUGGGUGCUGCACGGAGAGGGAUUCAAGUGCCAAGCAGGAGGAAAAUAAUGUUGUCAUCACUUUGGCCCAUAUGUCUGAAUGCAUUUUCAUCUCAAGUUUUUUGUCACCAAUAAAGAGAUUGUUCAAUUUUGUAUUCCUCCUUACGAUGGAAAAUAGCUAAUACUUUAAAUUAACAGUAUUUGCGUGUAACUUCCUUUUAUGUCCUUAGAAGACAAAAGUUCCUGAUCGAUUUUCUUUUUACUUUUGUACACGAGACAAGGUCCGAUGGGUACAUUUACAGUAAACUGAUUUAAGUUAAUUGUUUGCAUAAUCUAGAGAGCCUUUGACUAACAUGCAGAAUGUAAAUUUUGUGUAAAGGGAAGCACACACAUAUAUAAUAACAAGUCGAAAAUUAAUAUUUUUCUUAAAUCAACAGCUGCUUUUGAACUCAACUAAUAACUUUGUCUUUAUUUUCCUGAUACCUGGUACCAAAUGAUAUAGUUUGUUAUAAUGUUAAAGUCCAGGAAACUAGGAAACUGUGAAAAUCAAAGACCAAUACAAUAAAGGGUUACAUUAAGAAUUGUUAA